GGGUUUGGACAAACAUUAGGGAGAAGCAAACACAAACGAUUCGUGAGUGCAUCGUACGUGUUGUAAGAGCAAGUGAAGCUGAAAGACAUUGACAGUGAAGUGAUGGCUCCCUCUAUUAAUCUCUUCACCUUCCUCGUCCUGUCCCUGGUGGGGGGCAGCUCUUCAUGGGACGAAGCUUCGCCUUGCGGAUCCGGCUCCAUCCUGACAAGGCCCUACACGGCCUUGUGUGAGCUGGAUGCGGUGUGGGGCUUGGUGGUGGUGGUGGCGGCAGCGGCGGCGGCCCUCGCCUCGCUGAUCCUGCUCCUGGUGGUACUGUGUCGCCUGCGGAAGAUCACAGAGGCUGAGGAGCGCAGCGGGGUGGCGCCGCUACUCCUGCUGCUCGCUGCCAUAUUUGGGCUUUGUGGCCUCAGCCUGGGAUACAUCGCUGAGCAGCAAGAGAGCCUCUGCUUCGCCCGGCGUGUCCUGAGGGGGGUGUUGCUUGCUAUCUGCAACACAUGCCUCGUGUUUCAUGGUCUGCGACUGCGCCGGUUGGGACAAGGUGCUCAUAGCCCCAGCACAGGUCAACUGAUGGGGCUGGCGGUGGCCUUGGCCGUGUUGGAUCCGGAGUGGAUCCUUCUAGCCACGAUGUCCACAUGCCAGCCAGCCUGUGAAUACCAGCCGCUGGACUUUGCGCUGGCCACCACGUAUGUGCUGGUCCUGCUCCUGGCAGCACUGGUGGGGGCGGCCUGCAGUCUGUGGAGGCAGCAGCCACGGUGGAGGUGCAGGACCGCGUGGCUGCUCAUCACCUGCCUGGCCUCAGUCCUGCUGUGGGUGGCCUGGAUCACCUUCUGCCUGUAUGGCAACGCGGCGCUUGGCCUGUCCCCAACAUGGGACAACCGGGUACAGGCAGUGGUGCUGCUGGCACAGGCAUGGCUGCUCAUACUGCUGCACGCUGCUCCUGAGGUCCACGCCACCUUACGGCCCCCGUCCCGCAUGAGAGAGGCCAAUUUAGAGGAGGGCCUCUCUCACGUGUAGUUUGGAGCAAACCAG